CAUGCCUGGCAUCCAGCACAGUCGAUCAGAUCAGCUGCGACAGAUUGACAUCCUCCAGAAACAGCUGACCCAGAAAACAGAGCUUAUUCAGCGAUACAAAUCCCUACAGCCCUUCCAAGAGCAGGAUAAUGCGAUGCAGUAAAACACCAGACAGCAAAAUUGUGACAUAAAAGAACUCUGUGCAUUGACUAAGUGUUAAGGAAUAUCCUUCCUGCCCAUAAAACAUUUUGUGACAUUUUAUUUUGUGUGUGGGGAGUGAAACUAUGAAUGAAGCAGAGGACCUUCACCCCAUAUUCACCAAAGAUCCAGAAGAAUGGAUGCAGUUUGUGUACAAGAAGGUGAGCCUUGUCACAGAUGAUGGUGUGGAGCAUGUGGGUUUGGUCUACACUGUGGAUCCUGUGUCCGAGACAUUUGUGUUAGUUAACUUUGAUGGCGAAGAUGUGAAAGUGAAUAUUGUAGUGGGCCAUUGUGUGAAAGCUGUCUCAGUUCUCAUUGAGGAUUCUGAGAUGUAUAAACAAAGACUGGACAGACUGUUCAGGCCUAUAGCAGCCAGUAAGAUGACAGAAGAAGAGAUACGCAAUCAACAGACAGUGGUCAGGAUGUGGUUGUUGAAGAAUCGUUUGCCUGUAGAGGUCAGUGGACCACAGGGGGAGAACCUCUCUGUAGCAGAAGCACUUGUUAUCCAGCCACCAUAUGGACCGGACAACUGUGUCAGUAACAAUGAGAUUAUUCUCGGCAAAAUUCAAGGUCUCAUUAAGAAUAUGCCUUCAGAUCAACAUGAAUGGUAGAUCAUAUUUAAAUAGCUCAUAAGAAUCAGUGUUAUUUCAUAAAAACAAUGAUGUGCUAUUGUUAUCACCUGAUUCUCGCUGGGUUGGUCAAGUUGUGUGUGACAGUUAUUGUCCCAUAUCAGAGCUGUAUUCAACAGCAAAACGCCGCAUCUAGUUGACCAUUCGUAUUUAUGUAACUAUUUACAAAAGAAUAAUCAAGAACCUUCACUUGUUCCCAUGCAUUUAGAUUAACAGCAUUUUUACUUGUGAGAAUUUGGUAUGCAUUUUAAUGGUUAUAAAACUUAUUUUUGCAAAUUAUUUUAUCAUUUACAUAAAUUUGACACUUUAAGUAUAUUAUGCAUUAACACUUGCACACAUGAGUGUUGGCAAUAUGAACAGUGAAUCUUCUUUUUAAAAUGUUGUCUAGUGUUUAAUAUGUGUUUUUAAUACGUUAAUGUAUGACUGCUCAUGUAAGAGGUAGAGCUAUCUGUAUAUUUUAAGUCUUCUUGAUUAUGCGACACUGUGGUAGGGCAGAUAGGAAUUCUCAUUGUUGUUCCCCCAUUGUCCACCUAAUGUUUAAUUAAGGAUUCAUAAAACGUUGGUCACAUGUUCAACUUGUUGUACAUCGCAAAGAAUUUAAUAUGUUUUUAUACUGGUGCAAAAUUUAUGCUUAGUACAUCUCAUUCUAAUCUCACAUAAUACUGUAUUGUGUCCUGGCUCAUGCAAAUCAUGAAAUGCCGGUCAUAUUUCAAUUGGCCUCUUGCAAUUGUUAACAGUAUAAAGUUAAUUGACUAUGCAAGACAAUUUACAUAGAUGUACCUGGAAACAGCAUUCAUUUUUGAAUCAUGAGAAAAUAAUUAUGAGAAAAUAAUCCAUUAAAGGUGAUAAAAUAGAUAUAUAAU